AGCUCUCAAAGAGAUCUCUUCUUCCUCUACUCUACUCUACUAUCGAUCGAUCGAGAGAGAGAGAGAGAUUGCGUCCAUUCGAUCGAUCAUGGCGAGGCCGAACGUGCGGUGCAGCGAGAUCGAGAGCGAGAGCUCGGCGAUUCUGCCGGAGAAGAAGGUGGUCAUCGGUGGCGGCGGCGGCGGCAAUGGCGAGGUGGCGGAGAGGCAGGCGAGGGCGAUCAUAAGAAUGGCGAAGAGGGCGUUGGAGGAGGAAGAGGAGGCGGGCGGCGGCGGCGGCGGCGAAGGGAAGCUGUCGAUGAAGAGGUCGAUGGAGUGGUUCUUGGAGACCAGGAGGAAGAGGAUGGCGGCGGCGGCGGACGCCGGUGUCCAUCGCGGCCGCGCCGGCGAGUGUGGCUCGUCGUCGUCUUGCUCCAACUAGCUAGCUAUUGUUGAGAUUUAAUUGGCUGCGUUUGUGUGUGUAUGCCAUUGAUUAAUUCAUUUGACUGUUUGCUGACAUUGUAUUGGCGUCUAAUUAAUUAACAAGCUAUAUCUUGCUCUCUCAGCAAUUUGUAGUUUCUCAUCGUUCUUGAUGGUA